GCGGCCAUGCGUCCAUUGGAUUCCCCUGCGGGUCACAGGUCCCUGCCGAGACAAAAAGAUCGGUCGGUCGUUCCGGCUCCUUCGCCGACCGCCGCCGCCGCCUCCUCCUCUGUGAAAUCUCCGUCCCGAUUUGGUUCCCUUCCACCUCCUUAAUGGAAGAAGAGUAGAUCCUCUCGAUCUCUUUCUUGCCUCCCGGUCCUUCUCCGCCCUUCGGGACACGAAAUCCCUUGCCGUGGACCAUUAGGGUUGUUGUAGUUUACCGCUUCCUCCUUGAUGGGUCGCUCCCGCGCCGUGCAUAAUUCUGGAGAUGACGAGACGAAUCAGAGAUCGAAGAGAAGGAGAGUUGCUUCAAGUGGAGAGGCUUUGGAAACUAUAACAACAGGACUAGGAUCAAGCGAAGGGAAAAAAGUUUUGUUUCACUGCAACUAUUGCAACAAAGACAUUUCAGGGAAGAUCCGUAUCAAAUGCACAAAAUGUCCUGAUUUUGAUCUAUGUGUGGAGUGCUUCUCUGUUGGUGCUGAAGUUACUCAACAUAAAAGCAACCAUCCAUAUCGAGUUAUGGACAACUUGUCUUUCCCUCUUAUUUGUCCAGAUUGGAAUGCGGACGAGGAAAUACUGCUUUUAGAGGGGAUUGAGAUGUAUGGGCUUGGGAACUGGGCUGAGGUUGCUGAACAUGUUGGUACAAAGAGCAAGGCACAAUGCAUUGACCAUUAUACCACAUCAUACUUGAACUCGCCUUGCUAUCCUCUUCCAGAUAUGUCUCACGUUAAUGGUAAGAAUCGAAAGGAACUCCUUGCUAUGGCUAAAGUACAAGUCGAGGGAAAGAAAGGCACUUCAUUGCUUGGUGAUGCCAUUCCAAAGGACGAGUCACCAUUUUCACAUGCAAGGGUCAAGGUUGAAGAUUCAAGUGAUGGUUCAGUCAAUCGGUCACCCUCAAACUUAGCUUCUGGUGCAUGUAAGAUGGCUUCAAACGCAGGACAGUUUAAGGAUAAUACUGAUGUACCUAAAGUGGAAGGGUCUUAUACGGAUAGGACAGUCGGUGUGAAAAAACCCAAGUAUUCAGGAGAGGAAGGUCCUACAAUCAUUGAGAGUGGCUAUAACCAAAAGAGGCAAGAAUUUGAUCCUGAAUAUGACAAUGAUGCAGAGCAGGCAUUGGCUGAUAUGGAGUUUAAGGAAAAUGACUUGGAAAUAGAACGGGAAUUGAAGCUGAGAAUGCUACGUAUUUAUUUGUCAAGGCUUGAUGAGAGGAAGCGAAGAAAGGAAUUUAUUCUAGAAAGGAAUUUACUUUAUCCUAAUCAAUUAGAGAAGGAGAUCUCUAAUGAAGACAAAGACAUAUAUAAUAGUUUCAAGGUCUUUAUGCGCUUUCUCUCUCAAGAAGAGCAUGAGGACUUGGUCAAGAGUGUUAUUGAGGAGCGCAAAAUUCGAAGAAGAAUUCAAGAGCUUCAGGAAUGUCAAUCUGCUGGAUGUCGUACAUUGGCAGAAGCAAAAUCGUACACUGAACAGAAGCGGAAGAGGGAGCUAGAGCCAAAUGCGCAAAAUUCCAGGAAAAACUAUCAGGUUCUUCCUGGGAGUAAACUAAUGCAAAAAACAAGGCGUCCAUUAAAUCGUGAAAAAGGGGAAAAUGAUGGAAGCCUGAGAAACAUGAAUGAUGACCACAAAGUAAAAGGCGGCAUUGGGUUAGAUACCGGUAGCAAAGACUCACCUUCAACUAAUGCCAGACAAGUUACUGUGAGAUCAUUUGAUGAAUGGGAUAUCACCGGACUCCCUGGGGCUGAAUUGCUCAGUGAGAUCGAGCAAGAACUGUGCUGUCAAAACCGAUUGCUGCCCAAUCACUAUCUCAAAAUGCAAGAGACACUGGUGCAAGAGAUAUUCAAGGGCAGCAUUGACAAUAAAUCAGAUGCACAUUGUUUGUUUAAAGUUGAUCCAGUGAAAGUGGACAGGGUGUAUGAUAUUGUGAAGAAAAAGUUGGGUCAGCAGGAAGAGUCUACUAUUGUCCAGUAAUUGGUUCAGCGUAGUUUGUAUCAUUGUUUUUUUUUACUUUUCUUUUCACUUCACAGAUCUAUUUAACGUCCAAUAUCAUGUAAGAUAAAGCCUGAGGAACUUCAUUUAUUUCUCCAACGGUAUCUAAUUUGAUCUAGUUAAUGCAGUCUAUAACCCAACAA